AUGGCGACCAACGGCAGCAAGGUGGCCGAUGGGCAGAUCUCCACGGAGGUCAGUGAGGCUCCUGUGGCCAACGACAAGCCCAAGACCCUGGUGGUCAAGGUGCAGAAGAAAGCGGCUGACCUCCCGGACCGUGACACCUGGAAGGGCCGCUUUGAUUUCCUCAUGUCAUGUGUGGGCUAUGCCAUUGGCCUGGGCAACGUCUGGAGGUUCCCCUACCUGUGCGGGAAGAAUGGAGGCGGGGCCUUCCUCAUCCCCUACUUCCUGACGCUCAUCUUUGCGGGCGUGCCGCUCUUCCUCCUGGAGUGCUCCUUGGGCCAGUACACAUCCAUUGGGGGCCUGGGUGUCUGGAAGCUGGCCCCCAUGUUCAAGGGCGUGGGCCUGGCUGCAGCCGUGCUGUCCUUCUGGCUGAACAUCUACUACAUCGUGAUCAUCUCCUGGGCCAUCUACUACCUGUACAACUCCUUCACCACGACGCUGCCCUGGAAACAGUGUGACAACCCCUGGAACACGGACCGCUGCUUCUCCAACUACAGCAUUGUCAACACCACCAACAUGACCAGCGCCGUGGUGGAGUUCUGGGAGCGCAACAUGCAUCAGAUGACAGAUGGACUGGACAAGCCGGGUCAGAUCCGCUGGCCGCUGGCCAUCACCCUGGCCAUCGCCUGGGUUCUGGUGUAUUUCUGCAUCUGGAAAGGUGUCGGAUGGACUGGAAAGGUGGUCUAUUUCUCAGCCACGUACCCCUACGUCAUGCUCAUCAUUCUCUUCUUCCGCGGAGUCACGCUGCCUGGCGCCAAGGAGGGCAUCCUGUUCUAUGUCACGCCUAACUUCCGCAAGCUGUCCGACUCGGAGGUGUGGCUGGAUGCGGCGACUCAGAUCUUCUUCUCCUACGGGCUGGGCCUAGGGUCCCUCAUCGCCCUGGGCAGCUACAAUUCGUUCCACAACAAUGUGUACAGGGACUCCAUCAUCGUCUGCUGCAUCAACUCCUGCACCAGCAUGUUUGCAGGCUUUGUCAUCUUCUCCAUCGUAGGCUUCAUGGCCCAUGUCACCAAGCGGUCCAUUGCUGACGUGGCAGCCUCAGGCCCAGGGCUGGCGUUCCUGGCAUACCCGGAGGCGGUGACUCAGCUGCCCAUCUCUCCGCUCUGGGCCAUCCUCUUCUUCUCCAUGCUGCUCAUGUUGGGCAUUGACAGCCAGUUCUGCACUGUGGAGGGCUUCAUCACAGCCCUGGUGGACGAGUACCCGAGACUCCUCCGCAACCGCCGUGAGCUCUUCAUUGCCGCCGUCUGCAUCGUCUCCUACCUGAUCGGCCUCUCCAACAUCACCCAGGGGGGCAUCUACGUGUUCAAACUUUUUGACUACUACUCCGCCAGCGGCAUGAGCCUGCUGUUCCUGGUGUUCUUCGAAUGCAUCUCCAUUUCCUGGUUUUACGGCGUGAACCGGUUCUACGACAACAUCCAGGAGAUGGUGGGCUCCAGGCCCUGCAUCUGGUGGAAACUGUGCUGGUCUUUCUUCACCCCCAUCAUCGUGGCGGGUGUGUUCCUGUUCAGCGCUGUGCAGAUGACCCCGCUCACCAUGGGGAGUUACGUGUUCCCCAAGUGGGGCCAGGGAGUGGGCUGGCUCAUGGCGCUGUCUUCCAUGGUCCUCAUUCCCGGCUACAUGGCCUAUAUGUUCCUCACCUUGAAGGGCUCCCUGAAGCAGCGCAUCCAGGUCAUGAUCCAGCCCAGCGAGGACAUUGUCCGUCCGGAGAAUGGACCCGAGCAGCCCCAGGCCGGAAGCUCCGCCAGCAAGGAAGCCUACAUCUAG